AAGAGUUUGUGCGCGGAUCGCAUCUCGUUUCGUUCUUCGCUGCGCGCGUACGGUUGGCUUCUCCAUCUGUUUUGUAUUGAAGUGUGCAAACAAGAAAAAAAAACCGCUGAUCGGAACUUUCGCGGAAUCGUUCUGCGGCUUUAAGUUCGCCAAGAAUCUCAAUUAUUCAAUAGUAUUAAUAACGAACGCAACGAGCAUAUGCGUGUUGCGCAUAACGACAACUGCAGGAAACAGGCACAGGAUACAAAAUAAGUUGAGCUUGUUCAUUUGUAUGCUUAUUCGAUCUUUUCCAUUCUUCUGUAUCGUGUAACUGUGCAAUUAUAUUGCCAUGAAAUUAUUGCAUUUGCGCGAAAUGCUGUGGUAUCGCUCUGUUAGUAUGUGUAACUUUCGAUUAUUGUAAUAUUAUUAUAAUCUGAUCAUCUACAUGCUGGAGUUUACGUGAAUGAUGAGUGUUGUUUGUGUUUGAUCAAGAAUUACCUGGGAGUAGUAAAACAAGUGAUAUACAGAGUUUGUGCAACGGCGGUCGGGUUUGAAUUCAAGCUCAACAACGUUGAGGCACUUGUGCAUCUUCUAUCGCCAUGAAUCGAUGUUAUACACGCGCAUGAUUCGAAAGAUCUUAUUUAUCUCAAGUGGCCGGCGGCGCGUUAGAAAAUACUUUGUGCAGGGCUCAAGUGUUCUAGAGUGGGAGUGUUAAUUAUAUUGAUUGCAUUCCGGCGCUUCGCCUUUUCGUCGGUCAUCAUAUUUUACUUAACUCACUGCCUAUCACCUUCUAUUAAGAGAUGAUGAUCUACUCAUUUAUCGCUGUUUUAGUCGCAUUUGAAGUUUAUGCAUGAUUGCCCACGACAGAGUGCACAUAUUUCUGGGGAGUGAAUAAGGAAAGAAGUGAUUCGUACAAUUUCAUAUGAAGUGUUGUUUGAUAUCUUCUCUACAUCACAGUGAAGACCUCGAAAAGUCAUAAAAAGUGCGUUCAGAAAUAGUGUUGAAAGAUCAUUGAGCCUAUGUGUGCUCACGAUGCAAAACAGUGUAUUGUUUAAAGAAGGAAAAGUUGAAAAUUUUCGUAAUUAUUGGUUCGGCUGCAAUUACCGUAGGACCAGACGAAGCGAACGUCGACUCUGUGUCAGCGAAAAUUUGCUACGAGGCUAUUUUCGCGGUUUGGCCCUUUAAGUCCGGCUGCACAUGGAAUGUUUAUUUCUAGCGUUGGAUGUGAAUGGAUGAUAUGGAUCGUAAGAUAAGGCGAUACUUGUAAAUAUCUGAAUUUAUGUGUGACCAUAACCUACAAUGGAGAAUUUAUGCCGAGAAGAUGCAACACGCGAAAUUUCAUCACACGGUUGAAAGAUGGCCAAUCAACUUAAUCCGCAAGACGCAGCGCGACACAGAAGAAAAUUUCCACCGGGCACCCAAAAGUUAACGGAAGGCAUGCAACAACAAUGGAACAGAGCGAUACCAGAAUCUGACUACAUUCAGCUCGGCACGUUACGCUACGGUGUGCGUUUGUCUAAUCCGAAUCUGCCUAAUCUCAACACCGCGUCGGUUGAGAAUCGCAACAGCAGCAAUGGAGACCCUCGAAAUUCCCCGUCGGUUAACUCCGCCGACGGCAGUCAACCAAAUGGAAGCGGCAGCCUCUUGAGUGCAGGUGAAACUAUCAGCAAUAGCAGCGAAGCCAACAAGAGCUGUUGCUGCAUUGGACCCAAUGGGAUUGAGCUGCCAUGGAACAGCACGAAUUAUGCACGAACGCGCCUUCCGGUGCCAAACAGCGCAGCUAAGAAUAGAAAUUCGUCGCCCUCAACAUCAGCAUCAUCGUCUUCGUCAUCCGCUCAUCAGCAGCUGCAACAAAUUCAGAAUCAGAGUAGUACACAACAAGGAAUCAGAGGCAAGUUGCAGUACAACAGCGGAUUAACAACGUCGGGUUUUCCGAACAAUCGCAACGGUAUUAACAACAACAACAACAACAACAGCAGUAACAGUACCUUUAGCACUACAAUUGUUGAUAAACAGAACCGUGAAGCGUCGCCAGCAUCAAUUUGUUGCUACAGUAACAGUCUCAAAAGUGCAUCGAAUAAAAACACUAAAAACAACAAUUUAGUUAAAGUAAGCAACAAGUACUCCGAUAGUAAAAAAUUGAAAAUCGUCAACAAUAAAGGUGAACACAAGGAUAUACUACCAGACAACGAUAUUCGUGUGAAUGAAAAUCGGAACGGUUUCAGUUAUAAUUAUGAUUAUGGCGCCGUGAAUAGCGCCCAGAAACGCAAUGAUUCUUCGAAAUUGGUCAACAGAGAAGAUGUUCCAAGUGGUAGUGAAAGCGGCGCAAAGCAAAACGACGGCGAUGAUUUAAAUUUAAACUUCAGAAACACACAGCAUUCGAAAGAGCCGCGGUUGAAAGAUGUGAAUUUGAAUAAUUUCAAGAAAAAUAAUUUAUCAUGUGAUGUGUAUUUGGGAUUUAAUUCAAGUGUAGGUCACACCAACAAUAAGAGCAGAAACAAUAUUAGGAAUAAUACCAACACAAUUGGAGACUAUAUUUGUGGUGACGAGUUGUCAUCUUCUUCAUCGUUGUCGCCUAGGUCACCAUCGCCUUUACCUUUACCACCGCCAAACCUAACGGAUACCUGGUUGCACGGAGAGUGUGUGAAGUUAACGCCACCGUCUUCGCCGAAUCCCGCUCGUUCGGGCUCGUUUGACCGAAAGAGUUUACAGCCAAAUUCUACCACACCGCGAGUUUCGAUUACAUCAUACAGAGGUUUCAACGCAUCUCCUAUUAAUUCCCUACAAACACGAUCAAGAACGUUUAGCGAUUCGGAUGGAUGCUACUCGACCUACUCUGACAAAACCAAUCAGUCCUUUAUAAAUAGAACGACAGAUAAUCAAAACAAGCCGAUUCAAAACACCGAUUGUAAACAAAGGCUCGACGAGUAUUUUACUCCCACGGCGCAUGCCACUGGUGGUGCUUCUUAUAGAUUCGGUGGCCACUGUAAGACAUCCCUCCCUGUGGAACUACCUUCCGAGAUCACAAGUACAAAAGACGAUGCACCAUCUCAUUGUAUCGUAAGCAAUUCGACCACACCAAAACUACCUCCUCCCGAAGGACCGCUAUCAGAACAUGUCGAUACGGAUGCUCGCCUGCAGUCACUGAACAGAUACUGUGCAAAAAAUCUGCUUCCACACUCAAACGCUAGUCUUGCAGAUGGUUCGCCAUUGGAUGAUUUCAAUUUCAUCGAUUCUUCAGAUAUUUCAUCAACAGGAGACGACACAAUUGCCGUGGUCAACGCGAAAGAAUUCCAAGGACCUCACAAGAUUCCAAAUUUUAUACCAAAAAAUGAUGAAGCUUUAGUGAAUAGUUCGUGUCAGAGUGAGUGCAAAUGUAUCAAAAUUCCCAAUAGUUACGGUGCAUGUUCUUCUUCGGGUGAGUUGAAUAAUACGUGCAGUGGUAGUGAAACGUUUCCUGUAUCGGUGGCAAAUAGAUCCACAGUUGAAACGAAAAUUAGUUUCCAUACAGUCAAAUGUAAGAAGUGCUGUGUGGCGAAUUCAACACCGAGUGCCAUCUGUGGAGGAAAUCAACAGAAUUGCAGCUUAUUCCCAGCUGUUAACGAGGAGACAGUUAGAGCAAGUGGAAAAAGCGAUGACAAUAAUAACCAACGUCCAAGAAAUACUGGCGAGAAUCCUAAAUAUAGCAUACCUAAGAAUAGUAACGAGAAAGGCGAUGAAUCAAGCGGUAAAAUAACAUCGAACCAAAACAGCCGAAAUUUAUCAUCCGCCAAAAACUUCAACAAUACAGGACCAGAUACUAGCACUACUGGCGGGAUAAAUAGUUUCGCUAAAAAUCAGCUGUAUGCACGUGUGUCACCAGAAAAGCCGAUAAUGGAAAAACGGAGCAACACCUUGGAUCGACUGCAAAAGUUAGUGAAGAAGACAACAUCUGGAUCACAUGAUAGUAAAACUAUUGACAAAAGUGGUACCAAGACCGAGCGAUUGCGGGAAUUAACAGAACUACUCAAAGGAACACGAGCCCCUCCUGUGCCACCGCCCCGUAGGUUAAGGCAUUUACACAGUAUUGAUAAAUCGUUCGAUCGACAAGACACUUCUGCUUCGACCACUAGCCUUCUGAACAUAGAUGCUUUACGCGGUAUAGAUGAAGCAAGUAACUUGUUAGACGUUAAAGAAUCUCGUUCUAUAGAUAUUCCGUAUCAGUUUUCUGAUAACCAACGACCUUCAGCUCCUAGUUCCCCUCGAAUUACCCAUAAAGAAAGUCUCCGUGCAAAUACAAGCGCGUCAAAUUUGGAAUGUCUGAUAAGCCCAUCAACCAAAGAUUCGAAUGUAAGCGAUUCAAAGCCUGAGCUGCCUUCAAAAGAAGAGGAGGAAGAAAUUUUCACUAAACUCUCACGACCAGAAUCGCGAACCAUCGUUGGUUCGUAUACACAGAAAACCAUCCCAUUUAGGAGUGCAUCCUUUUCUCAAGUGGACUAUUCUUCCGGUAAAUACAUUCGAUCAGCGCUUGGAGCAAUUAAAAACAGCUUAAUGCGCGGCAAAGAAAACUCAGUAAUAGAUAAUGUGACGCUGCCUAGAAAUAGAAAAGAAUUUACGCGAAGCUGUAGUCCAGCUCAGCUUUCGACAUCUUCGGAGCCGGGGCCACCAUUGAAUGAUUGUGAAAUACCGAAGCUGAAGAAAACGGAACUUUGCAUCAAUUUGGUGCCACCGGAUGGUUCAGAGGUAUUGGAAGCAUUUGAUCCGAAAGAUAUAUCAUCGAAUAGAAAUUCAGACAUCGAAACGAUCGUGGAGGAUCCCGAAGCGGAACACAUCGAAACGGUGGAAAAUGAAACUGUCAAACACAAUAGCGCAGAAAUCAAUGUCAUGCAGGCAUCAGAAAUGGUUCUGGAGCCCCUGGUAGAAGAAGGUAUUCCAAUCAAACCACAAACGCUGGCAAAGGAUGAGGAAUGCUUGCAACAAGCGACCACUUGUUUGAUCCCGAUGCCAGUUUUUGACUGCGUUCUAAGUGAGUGGAGUACGGCUCGUCCUUCUGAACAAUGGGUUGAUGCAUCCGUAACAGAGUGCUCUAAAGAUGGAGAGUUUUUGGAAAAUGUAGAAAGUGAUGCAACAGGUACAGUCGAUUCCGGUUCCCAUAUCAAUCGUGAUCGUGAGAUUGAAAGUCCACAGGAAGCGAAAGAACCAGAUACAGCGCUGUUGGAGCGAGUCGAUGAACUAGAAGAACACGAACCAGGCUUAACGCAAGAUUGUCCUGGGAGUGUAGCGAACAUAGAAGGAAAGGAUAUCAUUUGUACUCCUCCAAUUUCUAUAGUUUGUACCGAACCAGAUAGUUUGAUAAGCACCACCAUAAUUGAGACCCCACCAACCCCAGAAGAACAUUCAGCCAAACUCGAUCCUGCUGAUGUGGAAAUAGUAGAAGUAAGAAAACGACACAGCAACAACGAAGAAGGUGGAGAAGCGUUAAGCAGUUGCAAUAGUGAAAUAGAGGAAAAGCGUAGAAUUGAUAAAUCCAAGCGAAGGAAAGGAAUAUACAUACAGUGGCCAGCAAUCGAUACUAACAUUGACCCUGAAUCUGACUCAAAUGAUAACGGCACAACAGAUCGAAGUUGGCGACCGAAUAGACUAACCAUUGAAAAGGAUUCAAGCUUGGAUUUGAGUGGCGAGAGCGUAACCGAUUUAAGUUCGAAAGAUAUAGCUUCGUCGCCAGAGAAAUCAAAGGAAUCUGACAAUUUGCACCAAAAUGAUCCAUUUUUACUCGACCCUAACACACCAGAUUCCGAUAUAGCUAGGCCAGUGUGGCCAAAAGGAUCUCGGAGGAAAAGUUUAACCUACCAAAGCUCGGAUGAAAAAGAAGACUCGGCCCCAAUUUCCUCCAUUCCGGUACGCUCUUUCAAGAACCUUUUCCUACGAUCAGACUCGAUAUCAGACAAUGAGAGUGAUCGUGGAUCUUCGAGAGAUCGCACAAACGCGUCACCUGCUCCAGUCGGCGAACAAGAUCUGAAAAGGUACUCCAAAAGACCACUAAGAGGCCCGUAUGGACAGAUGCUGGAAGCGGAAAUGAAGAAACCCUCGAAAGUGCACUACAACGAAAUUUUGGAAGAGCUCAGCAGGCAUGAUGCUUCCCAGUCAUUUCCUUCAUUCAACAGAAAUCGAAGCAGUGGUAGUCAAUCGAUGGACGAAACCAACGAUCGUCAUUCCAGUAAGCUUUUCAAACCCAGGAAAGCGAGCGCUAAUCUCCCACUUCCAUCGCACACUAGAACUGCAUCGAGUCCUUCCAAGCUCGCGGAAUUAGGGGUCCCGGAUGGCGCCCUGGCAGGGAAUGGCAAACGCCUGCUCGGCAAUAUUGACCAACGUAGUACUGAUUCUGAUAAAUCAGAUAGAUCUUCAUGCAAACACGAUGUGAAGAAGUUGUCUCUAGAUAGCCACAUUUCGGAAAAGACACACGACAAAGCAUCAUCCGAUAAUCAUGAUAAACAGUGUAAACGUAACUCUUCCGGGACAAGUGACAAACAUCCCAAAAGGAGUCUGGAUGAUACAAGGUACUCAUCGAAGUCCACUCGGACACCGUCGGAACGUAGUUUUGUGUUGAACACGCCUGAUACGCCUAAAACGCUGGUGGCAUCUCCAGAACUUUUGGCCGAAUUGUUGAAAGGUUCCAGUGAGAAACUAGUCACCGAACAGCUUACGGAUAGUUCCAGCCCGAAUAACGCCAGCAAUGCGCUUCCCACAGCCGUUCUGAAAUGCCUGGAUACAAGAACUCAUGUGGUAGUAGAGUUAUUCAAUACGGAAAAGUCAUACGUCGAAUCGUUGCAAACGAUUGUGUUGAAAUAUUUGAAUCAACUCAAAUCUCCCGAGAAUGCCGGUCUUGUUGAUACUCAAAUAGUGGACGAAAUAUUUUUCAUGGUACCAGCAAUUCUCAACAUCCACGAGAGAUUUCUGGAGGAGUUACGCAGGCGUCUCGAUGCUUGGGAUCCAUCGCAAAAAAUCGGAGAUGCUUUCGUAGAUGUGUUUUCCAGACCGGUUAUUCUCGAUACGUAUACAUCCUUCGUGAAUAACUGGAAUCGUGCCAAAGAUGCGAUACGCACAACACGACAGAAAUGCCCAGCAUUCGCCCGAUUUCUGGAGACAAUGGCUCGUGAACAUAAGGGCAAGUUGUCACUUGACAACUUGCUCAUCAAACCUGUACAAAAAUUUCCAAACUAUGAAUUAAUAUUAACAAGACUGAUUAAACACACCGAUAUUGAUCAUCCCGAUCAAAAGCCAUUGCAAGAAGCUUUAAAACUAGUACACGAUAUCCUUAUGUUCCUCAACUGCAAAGAGAAGGAAGCCCUCGAGAACGGGCAGCGGGAGACCGUACUACGUGAGCUUGAGGGCGUAAUCGAAGGAAUGAAUGAUCUCGUUAGCCCCGAUCGUGCCUUUUUGAUGUUUGAUCUCGUCUCGAUGCCAACCGGCCAAGCAACGCGUAAAGAACGUGGCUUCUUCCUGUUCAACGAUUUAUUAGUUAUUACCAGUAUUAAACGACGCAGCGGGACGAUUAGAAAAACUAAUAUGACAUGUCCAGGGAGCAUCAUCUCGACUUUGGAUACCAAUAAGUAUAAGUUUCUAACAAAAAUUCCACUCGAGGACCUAGAAAUUAUCAAAUCUAAAGACGACAAUGUUCGACGCAUAAUGAAGGAAAUUGAACACCUCUCAGACGAUUCGAAUAAGCUUUCUCAAAUAUAUGAUCUAGCUGCCAGUUUAAGAUGUUCACAUCAGUUACUUGAAGAAGCUAUCAAGGAUUUGCAGCGAGAGGUACAGCGCCAGCUAUCGGAGAGACAGACGAACGAUGCUCAAUUAAAUAUUCUAGAACUGACUUUGAAUUCAUCAAAUGGCAUACAGAAUAUGACUGUGGUAUUUUCCAAACCGGAAAAAAGAACGCAGUGGGAGGAAUCCUUCACGGAAGCAAAGCAGAAGCUUGCCAGUGCCAUGGAGCGAAGCCAGGUGCCUGAAUUCCUUGUCUCCGUGCCAAUCAGAAAAACACGAGCCGGCCUACAAUUCACAUGUGCCUCCCCAACGCUAGGCAUACAGCGGGAUGUCUGGGUGUGUAACAGUGAUGGUUACGUCGGACAGGUCUGUGUGCUGAGUCUCACACCCGAGCCAACGGUAACCAGUUGCAACGGGGUUUGCAAUGCGAGAAUACUAUGCGUGGCCUCUGUUCCCUCGUCUGAUGAUAGUCAAAUCAGUAACAGCGUCAGCAUUUCAAUACAGGAUCCGACAGCUCAGAUGAACUCAAUAGUCAAUUCAACAUCCAAACCGGUGGAGAAAAGAAGUUCAAAAACGACAGAUGAAUCUGCCACCCACCUUAGGAAAAGCACCAGCAAUAUCCAGCUCGAUUCGGACAGUUCCAGUGAUGACUCCGAAACGGAAAGUCAACCAGAGUGCGUUGAAAGUACUACGGAAGUUAACACAUCUGCGCUACCAAUUGUUCAUCGACAGCAGGAGUCCAAUUCAGAAGAUGCGGACGUUCAGCAGCCAACCAUGUGGCUCGGCACUGAAGAUGGAUGCAUCCAUGUGUAUAACUGCACCGACAAUAUCCGAAUUAAGAAAAACAAAAUUAAAAUUCCACACAUAAGCGCGGUUUAUUCCAUUCUUUAUCUUUGUAACCGAGUGUUCGUAUCGCUGGCUAACGGAGAUGUUUGUGUGUAUUGUCGCGACAAUAGCGGUUGGAAUACCGGGAAUCCCUUCACCAUAACUGUGGGGACUGUUACCAGUCCGAUCACAAAGCUGCUGAACGUCCAUGGUAAACUGUGGUGCGCUAUUCAGGGAUCUAUCAAAGUAUUGAAUACGACUACAAUGCAGGUUGACAGUCAGAUACAAAUAUCGAAUGAUUCGAAGCCCAUCACGAAUAUGACGGUGUCCAAUGAAUACGUUUGGAUAUCUGUGCUGAACUCAUCACAUAUCAAGUGCUAUCAUUACGAUAGUUUCGAAAUAAUGUUCGAGGUUAAUCUGGCUCCUUCUGUCAACAAAAUGCUGUCCAAUUGUGACGACAUCAUUCGGCAGCAUAAGGCAGCCUGUCUUCGCGUAACCUCCUUAAUGGCAUGCAAGGAUCUCAUAUGGGUAGGAACGAGUGCAGGUGUUCUAUUAACAAUUGCGGCAGCCAGCAUGAGCAAAGGGACAUCCCUACCGGUCGUAACUGGAAUACCUCACGGCCACACGGGACACGUACGGUUUUUGACGUUUGUGGAGGCACCGGUAAGCAGCAGCAGCACGGAAGAAUCAGCUAAACCAACAAUCAAGACGGAUGCUACGACCGGUAGUCGUAGCUCUAACCUACUUGUGAUAUCGGGAGGCGAUGGUUACGAAGACUUCAGAAGUGCUGGUAACAACUCACUGAGUGAGAUCGCAGGACGAGAGGAUAGCACAAAUCAUUUGCUCAUUUGGCAGGUUUAGUACUGCUCCACUGUAUUUAGUUGACAUUCGCUUGCAGAAGUAAUUGCAAUGCGUUUGUACGAGCGCAAAAAUUGAUUUACAUCUAAUUCAACAUUUUGUAUUAGCAAGCUGGACUUGCCAAUUGUUUUGUAUUGUUUUCAAUGCUGGCGCUCAACAACAACAACUACAGCAACAGUUAGUUGAAUGAACAAAAUAACUUCUUAUUUGAAUUGUAUGACAAUAAAUGCCAUAGUUUUUGGCACAUAAUUCCAAAGCCGAAACAAUUUUUCUAAAAAAUUAUUUGUAUAGAUUUUUUAGCAUGCUUAUAAGAAAAAAUGUGAGUGUCAAUAUUUGUAAUCGUUGUGUAAUGUGGCAUCGUGGAAAAUACAUGGCCUAAUAUCUCUAGAUCAGAAGUUCUACGGAAUUAUAAACCUUUUCGACCGCCUAAUGGAUACAGGAUACCUUUACUCUUAUGAAUCGAUGUACGCCAAAAGUUGUCAAAAUCUCCGAACAAUCAUACUAUUAUGUUCACCCUCCAAGUUUUAAAAGUAUUUCCAUGUAUCAUCAGCAUCUGUCUUAUGCUCUACUAUACAUUUUAUAAUGAGAUAUAAAUACCAAAAAUGGCGCUCUGCAUAUGAAAAUUUUACAAAUUGUACAUUUGAAACUUGAUAAGUUAACAUUCGCGGCGAGUACAUGAAGGUAUACCGAUCGAAAGUCGUACCCUUUCAGAUUCAGCAUGGAAGCCCCUAGGUGUGUUUUUGUAAACUUGUGCACAUAAUAAUAUGCGAUUUAUACAGCGUUCUAAUUUGUACGAUAUAUAUAUAUUUAUAUAUUCCAGAAAAGAAAACAAAAUAAGAAGGUUCAAGUUAUUAAAUAAAUUCGAUGUUCGAAUACCUGAAACAAACACGUUACUGACAGAGAAUCUGAUAUAUAGAGAGUAAUAUUUAUAAAUCUCUAAUCGCAUAAAUAGAUCGCCGACUAAUAUUAGCUAAGCGUUAAUUUAUUUAUAGUGUAGAACCGAGUAUACAGUAAUUCGUAAAUUUAUAUACAAAGAGAUAAAAUGUAACUAAUUACUUUGGAAAAUAAAGAAGAAUUGCUGUUAUGUAUCAACUGAA